UGUUGGCAUGAUGGCAUAUAAUUUAUAAGUUAGACUGUUAGAGUUGUAUCGCCUUUGGAGUUUUGAUCAUCUCAUUUUUCUGUAAGAGCUUAAAAGUUAAAACUGUCAUCUUAAUAUUAUUGGCAGUUCCUGGAAUUACGCUGAGUUUCUGUGCUGUGACGGUUCCAUCCAGACAAAAACGCUAGCGAUGAUUAUUCCCAUACGAUCGGGAUUGUAAAGCGUAAAAAUACCAGAUUCAACCUUGGCGCAGUAAGAGCCAAACAGAAAUGGACCAGCUCGUUGUAUCUCCACAAGAACUUCUUCGAGGUUUGGCAAAGAUUUUUGGCCAUAAAUCCUACAAGAGUCCUUUACAAAAGCAGGCGGCGGAAGAAGUGGGAAAAUGUAAAAAAGAUGUAUUCAUUUCCAUGCCCACGGGUGCCGGAAAAUCUCUGACUUACAUGCUUCCUGGAGCAGUUGGCAAAGGAUUGAGCAUCGUGGUCAGUCCACUCCUGGCGCUGAUCCAUGAUCAGCUAACAGUGCUGAAAAAUGCCAAAAUCCCCUGCACCACUAUUAAUUCCAAAUUGAACGAAAAAGAGCGUGUUACCGUGGAGAACGAUCUGAAAAACAGCGAAGGAUGUCCGUACAAAUUUCUCUAUCUCACACCCGAACAAUGCGCUACCCAUCGAACACGAGAAUUAAUCACCCAUUUAGCCAACAUGAAUAUUCUGCGAGCCAUUGUCAUCGACGAAGCUCACUGCAUUUCAGAUUGGGGACAUGACUUUCGUGGCGAUUAUUUGAAGCUCGGGCAAUUGCGUAGAUUUUGUCCCGGAGUUCCCGUUGUAGCGCUAACCGCCACUGCAUCCAAGGUCGUUGUUGAGGAUAUUUUAACACGGCUAGAAAUGAAAAGGGUAGCUCGCUUUAAAACUCCCGUAUACCGAGAGAAUCUGUUCUACGAGGUUGUGGAUAAAGCGGACGGCGCAGGAGGAGAAGUGGAGAAUGUGAAAAAUUUGAUUGAUUAUUGUAACAACGUUUUCGCCAAAAGCGGUGCCGGGCAGAAAUCUGGCAUUGUUUAUUGUCGUCGAAAGAUUGACUGCGAAAGUUUGGCCGAGAAUUUAAGAAUGAACUCAUCGUUGAAAGCGGAAGCGUAUCACGCAGGUAUAAAAAACCGCGAAGAAAUCCAGAACAAAUGGAUGGACGGAGAAAUCGAUAUUGUCUGUGCCACAAUAAGGAGCAUGGUGAAAUCGUUGGCAGCGUACUAUCAAGAAUCCGGUCGAGCAGGACGCGACGGAAAACCGGCGUUUGCCAGAUUGUAUUAUUCCGCGAGCGAUCAAGGUGCCAUCAAGCAUUUUAUGGACCAGGAAAUUUCUCAGAAGGAAGCAGCCAAGGUGCCUUACAAUAAGAAAGCAGUGAUUGCACGAUUUGAAGCAAUGGUGAGAUAUGCUACUGUGAGCAAGUGUCGUCACGGCAUGAUUGCUGAAUAUUUUGGAGAUGCCCCACCGGAAUGCAGGAAGAACUGUGAUCAUUGUAAAAAUCCCGGACAACGCCAAGUAAUCGUGCAAAAUUGUCUGGCGUUUGUGAUCCCUUUGCUCCGAAAUUUCGUUAUAACAAAAGAGCGUUUGACGAUGAUGAAGAUGCAGGAGACGAAGACUGGCGAGAAUCCGGUCUCAACCGUCAUGGUCUGGAAUCAUGGAGGGGAGACGAUGUUGAAGACCACGAAGCCCGUCCAACCGGCAGCACUGAUUUCAUUCGCGGCGAAUUAGCUAAGCGCCGCCGUGUGGCUUCCGAUUCAGCCGUUGUCCCAUCAAACG